CAGGAAGCAGUGCGCAGAAAUAUUUGACCCAUAAUGCACUGCGACAGGCUGACAAGUGGAUCCAAGAUGGCGUAGAAAGUAAAGCUAGAAACUCUGUCCCAGAGUCAUGGAGGACAGGAGGCCACAGAAGUCAUGUGACGAGGCCAUUGGAUCAUUAGUGAGGCAGGAGUAUGAGGCGGCAGUGGCUCACAGCACAGAAGCCCUGCUGGCCAUGGGGCCCCGGACCCCGACCCCCAGCACGGCCUUCCUCCGAAAGCGUGCCCUGCUCUUCCGCAUAGCAGCACGGCUCCAGCUGAAGGACUACGAUCAGGCUGAUGAGGACUGUAAGCAUGUGUUUGCUGAGGAGCUGGGGAAGGGAGAUGGCAGUUUCAGGGCAGGGCUUCAGAGUAUGCUGCUGGAUGGAAGCUUACAGGAAGUGUGCAGCGUUCUCUCUAAAGCACUCUUUGGAGAACCACUGAAUGGGAUCAUGACUAAAGACAUGACAAGACUGAAGAGGCUCCUCUCAGAAAUAGAGGCUGUGAGGAGUAAAAUGGCGUCAGAGUUGGCUGAAGAGAACGAGGAGGAUGUUCAGGAAGGCUGGCAGUUUCGUCCUCCUCCUCGAGGGGUCACUAGUAGUGAGGAGUACACGUUGUGUAAAAGGUUUUUAGAGCAGGGUUUAUGUCGGUACGGAGCUCAGUGCACCUCAGCUCACUCACAGGAGGAGCUGACAGAAUGGCAACGACGCUACGCCUCCCGACUUAUCCGCCUCAAACAGCAGCAGGAGGGCAAGCACUUCACUGAGAACUACAUGGAGGCGCUCAUCGAGAAAUGGAUCAACUCCCUCACGCCAGAGAGAGUGAUGAAUGACUGUGUGGAUGGAGUUGCGGUGGAGCACAGCUCAGAUCUCUCAAUUACCGUCAACACCAAGAAAUCAUCUCACUCCUGGACAUUCACACUUUUCUGCAAGCCAGUUCGUACGCUACACCGCAUCGCUCUGCUUUACGAUGCCAACCGGCCACAUUUCUCCAUCACGGCGGUCUCCGCCGGGGACGCAUCUACCCAGGUGCCCCAGGAGGUGUCUGAGGGCGGCUGUCAGGAGUGGAGCGUAGCAGGCCUGGUGCAGAACGGCAUGGACCACUGCGUUUACACUGUGGUGGUCUCCUUCAGUACAGAGAUCUUCGGAACCUUCCGGCAGACCGUGGUGUUUGAUUUUGGCUCUGAGCCAGUGCUCAUGCAGAGGGUGAUGGUGGACGCCGCCUCCAUUGAAGAUCUGGAGCACUUGAUGCAGGCGCGACAGCAGCUCUUGAUGACGGCUAAGCGCUGGGACUCGUCCUGUAAAACCAUCGUGGAGUUUGUCCCAAAUGAAAACAUGGAUCUAGAGCGCAGUCUACUGACCCGCUAUCAGAUCCCCCUCUCUGCCGACCAGCUCUUCACCCAGUCUGUGCUGGACAAAACCCUCACCAGAGACAAUUACCAGCCCCGUCUGCACGACCUGCUCUAUAUCGAGGAGAUUGCUCAGUACAAAGAAGUCAGCAAGUUCAACAUCAAGGUUAACCUGCAGCUGGUGACAAGCUUUAUGUUGACUGGCAUUUCUGGUGGUGCCAAGUAUGCUCAGAACGGACAGCUGUUUGCACGCUUCAAGUUGACUGAGACGCUUUCUGAAGAUACGCUGGCUGGGCGGCUGGUCAUGACAAAGGUCAACUCUGUGCUGCUGCUGCCUGUCUUUAAGGAACGGACGGGUCAAAGCCAGCCAGGUGGAGCCAAGGAGCGUGUGUACGAGGCCCUGAUUGAGGAAAAGACAAAAGACUACAUCUUUCUGCGGAUCUGUAAGGACUGCUGUGAGGAGCUGGGGCUGGUGGCGGAUCAGGAGCUACAGGUGGAGCUGCAGUUUCAGCUGAACAGACUUCCUCUGUGUGAGAUGCACUAUGCUCUGGAUCGCAUCCGCGAUAAUGGUAUCCUGUUUCCAGAUGUCAGCCUCACUCCCACAAUCCCCUGGAGUCCCAACAGGCAGUGGGAUGAGCAGCUGGAUCCCCGUCUGAAUGCCAAGCAGAAGGAGGCCAUUCUGGCCAUCACCACCCCCCUCUCCAUCAACCUCCCACCGGUGCUUAUCAUCGGACCCUACGGCACAGGCAAGACCUUCACGCUGGCCCAGGCUGUCAAACACAUCCUCAAGCAGCCUGAGACACGGGUUCUGAUCUGUACACAUUCAAACAGUGCAGCAGAUUUGUACAUCAAAGAUUACCUUCAUCCAUACGUGGAGGCAGGCAAUCCACACGCACGACCUCUCAGGGUUUAUUUCAGGAACCGCUGGGUGAAGACGGUCCACCCGGUGGUGCAGCAGUACUGCCUGAUCUCCGGCGCAUACUUUACCUUCCAGAUGCCCACGCGACAAGACGUAGAGCGCCACCGUGUGGUCGUGGUCACGCUCAGCACGUCCCAGUACCUCUGCCAGCUUGACCUGGAGCCAGGGAUCUUCACACACAUCCUGUUGGACGAGGCAGCCCAAGCUAUGGAGUGCGAGACCAUCAUGCCAUUGGCUUUGGCUACUAAGAGCACCCGAGUCGUACUGGCUGGAGACCACAUGCAGCUCAGUCCGUUUGUGUACAGUGAGUUUGCGAGGGAGAGAAAUCUGCACGUGUCUCUGCUGGACCGGCUGUACGAACAUUACCCAUCCGAAUACCCCUGCAGGAUCCUGCUGUGCGAAAACUACCGCUCACAUGAGGCAAUCAUCAACUAUACAUCUGACCUCUUCUACGAGGGCAAACUGAUGGCCAGCGGGAAGCAGCCGCCCCAUAAGGACUUCUACCCAUUGACCUUCUUCACUGCCCGCGGAGAAGACGUGCAAGAGAAGAACAGCACGGCGUACUACAACAACGCUGAGGUGUUUGAGAUAGUUGAGCGAGUGGAGGAGAUGAGGAAGAAGUGGCCUGUGGCUUGGGGGAAGCUGGACGAGGGGAGUAUCGGGGUGGUUUCGCCCUACGCCGACCAGGUCUUCCGAAUCAGAGCCGAGCUCCGCAAAAAGAGGAUGCCAGAGGUCAGCGUGGAGAGAGUGCUCAAUGUCCAGGGUAAGCAGUUCCGGGUGCUGUUCUUGAGCACCGUUCGCACCCGUCACACCUGCAAACACAAGCAGACGGCCAUCAAGAGGAAGGAGCAGUUGGUGGAGGACUCCACUGAAGACCUGGACUACGGCUUCCUGUCAAACUACAAGCUGCUGAACACCGCCAUCACUCGAGCGCAGUCCCUGGUGGCCGUGGUGGGAGACCCCAUCGCUCUCUGCUCGGUGGGACGCUGCAGGAAGUUCUGGGAGACCUUCAUCUCCAUCUGUCAUGAGAACCACAGUCUCCACGGCAUCACCUUUGAACAGAUUAAAAUCCAGCUGGAGGCCCUGGAGCUGAAAAAGACCUACGUGCUCAACCCGCUGGCCCCAGAGUUCAUCCCUCGAGCCCUGCGCUCGCAACAUCCCCAGGGUCCUGGCAAGCACCAGCACUCCCCACCCAAGGCGAAAGGACAGCUGGCCAAUCACACUGAACCCUUCCCCCCUGAAGGCUUUGUUCAGCCAAGUGCCGCUGUGUUGAUGGGGAACCCGAUUCAGGCCUUUACUCCACCAGGAGCUGGAGCUCCAGCCUCCGGCAAAUCACCUAGCCCUGUUCAAAGAAUCGACCCCGGAGCCAGCAUCCUCUAUGUGCCCGCUGUCUAUGGGGGCAAUAUGGUAAUGCCCGUGCCUCUACCGUUGCCAUGGCCUGGCUAUCAGAGCCGUUUCGCUAUGGAUCCUCGCAUCAUGAGUCAUCAGGCCGCCAUGGCCGCGUACAACCUCAAUCUGCGGCCACCAGCCAGUCGCGCCUCACCUGUGCUGUAUGGGUUCAGUCACCCGUCGCCUCUAGGCAUGAACCAGCAGCCCACAUCUGAGAAAGAACUACUUCAAGAGCCCAGUGGGAAUGGGAAAAUUGACAUUAAUGGAAAAACGGAGCAUAGGUUGCUGACACCUGAGAGAAAAGCCCCGGAGCUGAAGGAAAAACAGGGAGACCCAGAGUCAGUGCAGACUAGUCCAGAGCCCCAGUCCAACAUGGGCUUCCCUGGUAGCCGCCUCAUACGCAAAGACCCCCAGGCCCAAAGGGCCCUCAAUUUCCACCUGGGGCCCCCGCAUCCCGGUUUCCCCCCUCACCACGGGAACAGCCCGUUUCCACAGCAGUACGGACUAUCCCGACCUCCCCUCCGAAUGCAGGCCCCUAUCCACCCUCAGGCCUCCUCCUUCCCCCCUUCGUUCUUCAGCGGACCUCCAAUGGCGCACCGCGGGCUGCAGUCUCCGGUGCUGGAAGGGCUGGAGGGUGGUGAUGGCUCGAUGGGAGCGGGUCCAGGUGGGGUGGCUGAGGAUCUGAAGGGUGUGGUGAGAGGCCUUCCCCCACAGAUGCACCAGCAGCCCCUGCGCCUCAACAGCUUUGGAGAAGAGAGUUUGGACUCUCUGUUGGGCGAUACUCUGGAUGGUCAGGCUUCCUCAGGGCUGGAUGCUUUGGGCCAGCAGCAGCAGCAGCAGGCUCGUGUGGGUCAGUGGGGUGAACAGUCUCCCUUCCUGCAGGCUGGUGUGGCUCCCUUCCCCCUGGCGCAGCAGUUGGCUCAUCUCAGCCAGCCGGGUCUGCGACUCCCCCAGCAGCUCCUCCGAGCAGGCUGGGGCCUGGGCCCUGGAGCAGAGGAGGAGCCCAGACCUGCCAUGCCCAGAUAUCCCGGUCUGUUGCGUGAAAUGCUCCCUCAAGACCAGUAUGAGCAGCGGGAGCCGGCCGACAUGCCCCCUCCUCAAUCUCGCCUCCUUCAGUACCGUCAAGUCCAGCCCCGAAGCCCCGGCGACCUGCCGUCUCCCUCUUCAUCCGGCUCAAACCACACCUCUGGCCCCAAUCCCUUCCCAGCUCCAGUUCCGCACUCCUUCCCCGACACCAGCCGAGAGCUGCCCAUGGGCGGCCAGCCCUUCCAGCAGCACCAAGCCUUCAAUCAGGCCUCCUUCUCCCUGCCGCCCGAGCACACAGCGGGGCCUCUUCCGGUCAAAUACCUCCUCCAGGAGGCCCACUGGCCCCACCCUGGCCUACCCCAGAGCCACGUGCUGGGCCACGGCAUGCCCUUUGGCUUGCAGGCCAUGGCUCACAGGCAAGAGCAGGGCCCCCUCACGCAGCUGCAGCAGCACCAGCAGCAGAAACAGCAGCUCCAGGCCCCGCAGAGCUCCCUGCACAGUGUAGAAGAGUAUGAACCACGGGGCCCCGGGCGGCCUUUGUACCAGAGGAGGAUCUCCUCCAGCUCCCCCCAGCCGUAUCCGGACAGCCUGGAUCCUCAGGACCACCCCACGCCCUCCUACAGAUACCCCUCAGCAGACCUAUGGCUGGGCAGCAGCGGGCCCGGCCCGAGCCCCGCUCCUCUCCACAACAUUCCAUGUAACGGAGCGAGCCACCUCGUCCCGCACAGGGAGGUUUUAGUUUCAAAGGCGAUGAGUGUGGCGGACGAGCAGCAGUCUCCUCACCCCGCCAGCGCCGCGUCUCUCCAGCACCACGGACAGUUCCCACCCCUCAUGCCCAGCAAGCAAACCCCGCCCGACCCGGGAGGGGGCAACACCAGCCCAGGGGGCCCCCAGGGGCCCGGCAACUCCAAGCCCCCGACCAUGUCCUACGCCAGCGCCCUCCGAGCCCCUCCAAAGCCCCGGCCGCUGCCCGAGCAGGUCAAGAAGAACAGUGACCCCAUCUCUCUGUUACAGGAACUUAGCAUAGGCAGUUCAAACAGUAGCAAUGGCUAUUACACGUAUUUUAAAUAAGUCAAUAUAUAUGAACUAUAUACACCUGUUAAAAAGGAAAACUGUUGAAAAAAAUAGAAUAACAAUCUUAAAAAAAAAAAACAAAAACAAUAAAAAUGUCUUUUGAUUUUGUGGGAUAGUUAGACAUUUUGCGUUUUAUUAUUUUUUACUUGCUUUAGUACUAGUUGGUUCUUUUACAGUUUGGCAUCUGUGAUUUUACAAAACCGAAUCAGCAUAUAUAUAUCAUGAAACACCAAAACAUUUGGGGAAAAAACAUUUAAAAAAUCAAUAACCAAAAAAAAAAAAAGAUUUAUGGAAAAAAAGAUUUUUAAAAACACCAUGAAUCGGUUGACCACUCAGCUGCCCGUCUUUCCUGUAAUUAUGUCCGCUCUCUUUGCAUCCACUCCCAGAAGUAAAACUUGUUGAAGUGAUUUUCCCCCAGCUGGCAUUUUUUUAUGAUGUUCAGUUUCUUGGUGUGUUUUCUUGUGCUUGCUGCUGAGUGGUGAACUGACUCGGAUAAAAAAUAUUAUAAAAAGUUGUAUAGAUGUAGACAGACUUUUCUCAAACCUGUACAUAUGAAUAAAUGAAUACAUGAGAUGA